AUGGCAAAGAUAAUGACUCAACUAGAGCUUUUGACAAAGCAUGUAAUGGGUACACCCGCAAAAGCAGUGAAUGCCAUGGCAUCAAAAUCCUAUGGAGAUGAUGAAGAAGCUAGUAAGCUUGAUGAGGAGAUUAGAUUUAAAAGGAAAAAGGAGAGUGAUAAGCUCAAGAAAUUCUUGGCCAAUCUUAGCAAUGUCUCUAUUAAUAUCCCAUUGCUUGAAGUAAUCCAAGAAAUUCUGGGUUAUGCUAAGCUCAUUAAAAAGUUGAUGUACAUGAAGAAGCUCAAUGAAGGUGACACAAUUGAAGUCACCCAUGGUUUUAGUGUUAUUGUGAGUAGAAAGGUUGCAGAAAAGAAGGAAGACCCCGGAGCUUUCAUCAUCCCUUGUACCAUAGAAACACAUAUGUUUGCGAAAGCUUUAUGUGACCUUGGUGCAAGUAUCAACCUCAUGACUUUUUCCAUCUAUAAGAAACUUAGAUUUAAUGCCCCAACCUUAACAUCUAUGAGAAUCUUAAUGGAUGAUCGAUCGAUUAAGAGACCAAUCAGAAUUUUGUUUGAUGUUCUAGUCAAGGUAGAUAAAUGUAUACUUUCGGUGAACGUUGUGAUUCUAUAUUGUGAAAUGGACCAAGAUAUACCCAUCAUACUUGGGUGGCCUUUAUUAGCCACCGAAAGAUCCAUUGUUGACUUAGAAAUAGGGGAGAUAAAGUUUAGAGUGCAUGAGGAUGAGGUCUACUUUAAGGUAUACAAGACAAAAAAGCAACCCGCAGAACUUCAAGUGAUAUCCGUGGUUGAUGUUGAAAGUGAAGAGGUGAAUGAAGGGGGAUUUGAGGACCCACCUUAA